CGGGGCCUCAGCAUAGGCCUCAGGUCUCGGGAGCAGCAGGCCUGAGCACCCCAGGACCUGCGCUCAGGGAGGAGGCAGGCGUGGGGCUGUGGAGAGAUUGGCAGGGGAGAGCACAGCCCCUUGUGCUCUGGCCUGGACCCGGGGGCCACGUCUGGAAGGCUGGACUGAGGCCAGGACUGUGCCCCCACCCUUGGGGGUGGUGAGGAGCAGCCUUGGUUCAGGCUGCCUGCCAGGACUGAUAAGGGGCCCUCCUAGGGCUCCCACAAACGGUUUAUCGGUUUAUCGCUGGGGGACAGCCUGCAGGCUUCAGGAGGGGACACAAGCAUGGAGCGGCUUUGGGGUCUAUUCCAGAGAGCGCAACAACUGUCCCCAAGAUCCUCUCAGACCGUCUACCAGCGUGUGGAAGGCCCCCGGAAAGGGCACCUGGAGGAGGAAGAGGAAGACGGGGAGGAGGGGGCGGAGACAUUGGCCCACUUCUGCCCCAUGGAGCUGAGGGGCCCUGAGCCCCUGGGCUCUAGACCCAGGCAGCCAAACCUCAUUCCCUGGGCGGCAGCAGGACGGAGGGCUGCCCCCUACCUGGUCCUGACGGCCCUGCUGAUCUUCACUGGGGCCUUCCUACUGGGCUACGUCGCCUUCCGAGGGUCCUGCCAGGCGUGCGGAGACUCUGUGUUGGUGGUCAGUGAGGAUGUCAACUAUGAGCCUGACCUGGAUUUCCACCAGGGCACACUCUACUGGAGCGACCUCCAGGCCAUGUUCCUGCAGUUCCUGGGGGAGGGGCGCCUGGAGGACACCAUCAGGCAAACCAGCCUUCGGGAACGGGUGGCAGGCUCGGCCGGGAUGGCCGCUCUGACUCAGGACAUUCGCGCGGCGCUCUCCCGCCAGAAGCUGGACCACGUGUGGACCGACACGCACUACGUGGGGCUGCAAUUCCCGGACCCGGCUCACCCCAACACCCUGCACUGGGUCGAUGAGGCCGGGAAGGUCGGAGAGCAGCUGCCGCUGGAGGACCCUGACGUCUACUGCCCCUACAGCGCCAUCGGCAACGUCACGGGAGAGCUGGUGUACGCCCACUACGGGCGGCCCGAAGACCUGCAGGACCUGCGGGCCAGGGGCGUGGACCCAGUGGGCCGCCUGCUGCUGGUGCGCGUAGGGGUGAUCAGCUUCGCCCAGAAGGUGACCAAUGCUCAGGACUUCGGGGCUCAAGGAGUGCUCAUAUACCCAGAGCCAGCGGACUUCUCCCAGGACCCACCCAAGCCGAGCCUGUCCAGCCAGCAGGCAGUGUAUGGACAUGUGCACCUGGGAACUGGAGACCCCUACACACCUGGCUUCCCUUCCUUCAAUCAAACCCAGUUCCCUCCAGUUGCAUCAUCAGGCCUUCCCAGCAUCCCAGCCCAGCCCAUCAGUGCAGACAUUGCCUCCCGCCUGCUGAGGAAGCUCAAAGGCCCUGUGGCCCCCCAGGAAUGGCAGGGGAGCCUCCUAGGCUCCCCUUAUCACCUGGGCCCCGGGCCACGACUGCGGCUAGUGGUCAACAAUCACAGGACCUCCACCCCCAUCAACAACAUCUUCGGCUGCAUCGAAGGCCGCUCAGAGCCAGAUCACUACGUUGUCAUCGGGGCCCAGAGGGAUGCGUGGGGCCCAGGAGCAGCUAAAUCCGCUGUGGGGACGGCUAUACUCCUGGAGCUGGUGCGGACCUUUUCCUCCAUGGUGAGCAACGGCUUCCGGCCCCGCAGGAGUCUCCUCUUCAUCAGCUGGGACGGCGGUGACUUUGGAAGUGUGGGCUCCACGGAGUGGCUAGAGGGCUACCUCAGCGUGCUGCACCUCAAAGCCGUAGUGUACGUGAGCCUGGACAACGCAGUGCUGGGGGAUGACAAGUUUCAUGCCAAGACCAGCCCCCUUCUGACAAGUCUCAUUGAGAGUGUCCUGAAGCAGGUGGAUUCUCCCAACCACAGUGGGCAGACUCUCUAUGAACAGGUGGUGGUCACCAAUCCCAGCUGGGAUGCUGAGGUGAUCCGGCCCCUACCCAUGGACAGCAGUGCCUAUUCCUUCACGGCCUUUGUGGGAGUCCCUGCCGUCGAGUUCUCCUUUAUGGAGGACGACCAGGCCUACCCGUUCCUGCACACAAAGGAGGACACUUAUGAGAACCUGCAUAAGGUGCUGCAAGGCCGCCUGCCCGCCGUGGCCCAGGCCGUGGCCCAGCUCGCAGGGCAGCUCCUCAUCCGGCUCAGCCACGAUCGCCUGCUGCCCCUCGACUUCGGCCGCUACGGGGACGUCGUCCUCAGGCACAUCGGGAACCUCAACGAGUUCUCUGGGGACCUCAAGGCCCGCGGGCUGACCCUGCAGUGGGUGUACUCGGCGCGGGGGGACUACAUCCGGGCGGCGGAAAAGCUGCGGCAGGAGAUCUACAGCUCUGAGGAGAGAGACGAGCGACUGACACGCAUGUACAACGUGCGCAUAAUGCGGACUGGAGUGCAGUGGCACGAUCUCGGCUCGAUGCAACCUCCGCCUCCCGGGUUCAAGCUAUUCUCCUGCCUCAGCCUUCUGAGUAGCUGGGACAACAGGUGGAGUUCUACUUCCUUUCCCAGUACGUGUCGCCAGCCGACUCCCCGUUCCGCCACAUCUUCAUGGGCCGUGGAGACCACACGCUGGGCGCCCUGCUGGACCACCUGCGGCUGCUGCGCUCCAACAGCUCCGGGACCCCCAGGGCCACCUCCUCCACUGGCUUCCAGGAGAGCCGCUUCCGGCGUCAGCUAGCCCUGCUCACCUGGACGCUGCAAGGGGCAGCCAAUGCGCUUAGCGGGGAUGUCUGGAACAUUGAUAACAACUUCUGAGGCCCUGGGGAUCCUCACAUCCCCCUGUCCCCCAGUCAAGAGCUCCUCUGCUCCUCGCUUGAAUGAUUCAGGGUCAGGGAGGUGGCUCAGAGUCCACCUCUCAUUGCUGAUCAAUUUCUCAUUACCCCUACACGUCUCUCCACGGAGCCCAGACCCCAGCACAGAUAUCCACACACCCCAGCCCUGCAGUGUAGCUGACCCUAAUGUGACGGUCAUACUGUCGGUUAAUCAGAGAGUAGCAUCCCUUCAAUCACAGCCCCUUCCCCUUUCUGGGGUCCUCCAUACCUAGAGACCACUCUGGGAGGUUUGCUAGGCCCUGGGACCUGGCCAGCUCUGUUAGUGGGAGAGAUCGCUGGCACCAUAGCCUUAUGGCCAACAGGUGGUCUGUGGUGAAAGGGGCGUGGAGUUUCAAUAUCAAUAAAUCACCUGAUAUCAAUAAA